GUGAAAUGUGAAUGAAUAAUUAGAAACGAUUCCUAUUUUCGUCUAGUCCUAGAUAAAAGAUAAGAGUCUUUACUUCACAGUGAAUUCUGAAACGAAAAUUUCUCAAUGUCACUGAAAUCGCCAGUAUCGAUAUUACACGAACUGGCAGCCAAAAGGCAUAUGAAGAGUCCCGAAUGGGCAAUAUCACUAACCGAAUCUGGUUAUUGUAAUCGGGCGCGUUUCAUGUGCACGGUAGAAUUCAAUGGUCGGAAGGUCGUCGGAAUUGGUUCAUCAAAGAAAUUUGCUAAAAGAAAUGCGGCUAUUGAUAUGUUAGAACUUUGCGGUUUUCAAGUGGACAAUUUCGAAGAAGGAGAGACUGAAAUCAACACGGGAACAUUGCCACCUCCGCCAGAGAUGGACGAACUGAUUGUAUCUGAAAUUCACAUGGCUCUGAACGCUUCAAUAAGUGAAAACUCGAUGGCGUGGGCGCCAAUAAUCAGUACAUGGUCCCUGGAACUUUUGGGCGAGAUUUCUACGAAAUUCUCUGGAAGAGCCCACAUUUCCGCUAAUUUCAAUGAAAUGCUGCAUUUGUGGACGGCUUGCAGGGCUACAAGGACCCUUGUAGACAUCAACACAAAAUGCUUGUCCAGUUUGAUCCAUUCAAACACUGAAGCUUGCAUCAGUGCUUUAUUAGAUACAUCAGUAAAACACUCUCCACAUUUCGAUUGGGUGGUGGCUCACGUGGGCAGCUGUUUCCCCAACACAGUUAUCACUAGAGUUUUGUCCGUCGGCCUGAAAGACUUUUGUCAGGAUCGCAGAGGCUUCGAUGAAGUGCAAAAUUCGCCGAAACUGAAAUCCGUAGUCGGUAUUCUGGGCCAUUUGGCCGGAAGCCAUGCCAGAGAUAUCAGGAAUGCUUUGAUUGAAAUUUUCCAGUGGAGUUUGAUCGAAACCUUUGAAGACACGGACAUGAGUCGUUUGCAGAAAAAGGCCACCGUACCUUAUAUUUUGCAGCUGAUUUCUUUGUCCAAUACUUUAUUGUGGUCCAUUUGUGAUGAAACAAAAAAUAUAUUAUCAGUUGAAGUCAUUGGAAACCUACAUCAUUUCAUUGACGAUUGGAUUAAAUAUUUUGGUACUCCAGAGGCUUUGGAGGAACAUAUAAUAUCGCUUAUAGUACAAUGCCGGACCGGAGGAUUGCAAAUCUUCGACUUGCUGCUAAAAUGUGUAAAAUUGACGAAACUGAAGGGUUGCAACGAUUCAAUUAAAACGGACAUUCGAGAAAAGGCUUUGGAAUUUAUAGAGUUUCUGCACGCGGAAAAUUUUGAAUUCGGAAUUUUAGUGUUUUUUUUGCUGAAAAUGGGGAAUAAAAGAAGAUCUGCAUCCUCUGGUUUUUCAGACAAUGAGGAAGAUUUUAUUAACUUCAAAAUUUGGCAAUUGCAGCAGAAAAAGGCUAAAAUUAAAUCAAAGAGGAGCAGUGAAGAGAAGCUACAUUCUAAGAACGAAAGGGGUAAGAAACGACAGCGUGAUGAGUCCUCGGAUACCUCUUCGUCAUCGUUAAGUUCUGGACGUUCCAGAAGACGUAUUAGAGUGCCUUUUAGUCCCCGUGGGACUGGCAGAUGCAUAAGUGUUACAAGAAGUUUGUCCCAACAUGAUGAGCACACAGAGCGCUCUCCGAUGCCCCGUGGGCAUGAGGAUGAAGAUCCUUUGGUUGUGGAUUGUAAUGGAAACACGGUUUUCUUGGUUUUAGGCCCUGAGAAUAAGGAAGAACCUCAUCAGGACCCUUUGGACAAUACUGAUAAUGAGCCCAAAAAUGAGGCCUUAGAUGUCACAGUGUGCGAGAAGUUAGGUACUCGCUCCAAUGAUCCUGUCUUUGGGGAACCAUUGCAUGAUAUCUUAGCCUCCCAGUACGAAGGGCUCAUUAAAUCUGGCUUGGUCGAGGAGGACAGAAAUGACUUAUUAAAGAAAUACCUUUUACCCGAAAAUUGUAAAUACUUAGAGCCCCCCAAGUGCAAUACACAGAUCUAUUCGGCACUAAAUGAGAGUGGUAGGAAGAGAGACGAUAAAUUGAGAGUGACACAAACCCAAAUUGGGAUUGCUUUGGCUGCAUCCGCAAAAGUACUCUCUAAACUCCUUAAAAUGGAAAAGACUGAAGAUAUACUUUCAUUAAUUGAGGGUCUGAGUGACUACAACAGACUACUUGCUGAUUGGUACCAUUCAGAAUCCAUGUCACGUAGGUCCAUCAUAACUGGUUUUUCACUACAAGGCCUGUUACCAACUUAUUACAAGGAUGCUCUAAACAAUGCUAAGUUGGAUGAAUGGCUGUUCGGUGAGGAUCUGACAGAAAGGAUCAAAGAGGCAAAGGUGAUGGAGAGGAAUGUGACUGACUUGAAAUCUGCUAAGAAGGCCCGUCACGACAGUCGACAAGGACGAAAACUUACAAUCAACGUCGGGGCGGGCAGAGUUACCACUACCACAGCAAAUACCACCAGUCCAAGGGACGAGAAGAAAAAUCCAACAGGAGAUAUGUGCCAUCCAAGAAGGCCAACAGAAAAUAUUAAAUACAUUCUUCUGGAUAUUGAGGAAUCGGUACGAUAUGGAGAACCUGUCGAAAUAUUAUCCUCAUUUUCCAAAGACAUUUCAGAAAUCAACUCAAUGCUUCUGGACAAUGACGAAGUUAUUUCCCAGGUUGCUUGGCGCCUGAUUUUGUGUCUAGGUUACCAGAAACCGUCGGUAUUGGUCCAAUCUGUCACGCACAUUCUCAAUAACGCCACGACCGCCGACCAAUUAGGCGUAAUUUUUCAAAUACUAACCAGCGAAUUAAUUAACAAAUCGCUACCGUCUUACCGAGAAGCUCGCACUGGUAUUUUCACCGAAGUCCUCAAACAAAUCCUCCAGCGGCACAUCCAGAUUUACACCCAAUCCAACGAAGAAACGUUAGACCUGACGCAGAUGUGGACCAAUUUGCUGUGCCUGCUCGAAUGGGAAAAAGGCGAAAAAGUGCCGCAUCUGCGAUGUCCGUUGAUUACCAGAGCACUGGAAGAGAAUUUUGUCAGUUUGACGUCGGUGUUUGCCAGCGAAGUGCAUCACAUGCACGUGAUUGCUGAAAUUUUGGAUAAAACUGAAAUUCCUACAAGCGGUACCAGUUUUAAUCCGCCAAUCGAGGCCAUAUUGAAUUUGACCCAGGGGGCUGUGAAUUAUUUUUUUGCUUGUUGUGCUGAUGAUGGUACUUCGAAAAAACUAAAAGGUUUCAAGCGUUCGGGUCAAAUGCUGAAGCGCUUGUGCAUCUACUCGAAAGUGGCAAAAGUGCAAGCCGUUAGAGAAUUGUUGGAACGAGCUUUGUUCAGAAGCGACAAUGUACUAUUCGGCACCAAACACAUUGUCCUAGACGAGGAUGAAGAAAGGGAAGAAUCGCUUUUGCAACAAAACAGAAACAUUAAUAAAACCAUUCCACUAACCAAACAUUCUACGGUAUUCAACGGCGGCAUCAUCGGCACAGGCAAACGUAAAGCGCGAAUUAACAACGAAGUGUCAGCGGACGUCGUGGCUGCCAACACUUCCGAACUGAUUGGCGUUUUGAAAUCGUGCUGCGCUCUGACGGAGGAAAAUAAAUUUUUGGAAACUUCCUUGGACAGUAUGACGCUGCUCUCGCUGACGCUGGUCCAGUUUGUCAGUCCGGACGUUACAAUGGAACGCGAUCUGGCAAUAAGAAAAAUGUUCACCGACACGCCGCUCCUGUGGGAUUUGCUCAGUUUCGUGGCCGUGCACCGGCCCGCUUUGUGUUACUGUUCGGUGCUGAUCCGCGCCCUGACGGCGACGCUAAUUCACCAGUGGAAAAGUAUGGGCGACGAGGGCGGCGAAGGCGGAAACAAGAACUACAAAAUCUUAUUGGAUACUACCGUCAAAGUUGUCAGUAUAAUGGCUCUGGGUCAGUUGUUGCCGCCGCCGUUGAGCAAUAUCGGAGAUGUUUUACCUCAUUUGAGGUGUUUGGAGACUGUCGAUAUUUUGAGAGACUGUGUAUGGUGCUAUCUUCGAGACCACAUCCCGUCGCCUGCAUUGUUUACCUGCGAUUCGAAUGGUAUUUAUUGGCGCGAUCCCGUCACCGCAAGACCGCCGGAACGUUACACAAACACGCUGAGAAUAAUAAUGCAAAGGAAUAUGGAAACUUUAGGCCAUUUGUUGUCGGAAAUGUUUGUUAAUAUUCCCAGACACGACUAACUAAAUUGUUUUUAAAUAUUAUUGUGUAUCAUUUUUGAGUAAAUUUUUUACGAAACGUACGUAUUUUUAUUUUGACUUAUGACUAAUUAUUUUGCAUAAAACCAACCUCCAAAGAGGAAGGUUUUUGUCCAACUACA